CGUGCUGCCCGCUUUAUAACUUCUAAUUACAAUCGUCAAUCUGCUAUUACCCAAAUUAAAUGCGAUGUUCCCCUUCCUGACUUGGAUUCCCACCGCUCUGUUGCCCUUCUAUGCCUCUUUCAUAAAUGCUACUACAACGCGUGGUCCAGCCAUCUGUCGCUUGAAAUUCCUUCUCGCACAUCUACUCGACCUCAUAAUCAUCCUAAUUUCAGGCGCAUUUUUGGCCGCACACAGUCACUCAACAACUCUGCAUUCCCGCGCGCCACCGCACUAUGGAAUAGCCUUCCAAAUUAUAUUGUUUCACUAGAAGAUCCUGCCAAAUUUCGUGAACAUUUGGAACUUCACAUGUUCGCUUGACUAUGUUUUACGACUUUGUAUUGUAUUCGCCUUUGUAUCAUUUUUCGACUUUGUUUUGUAUUGUAUUCCCUUGACUGUGUAUUUUUUUUUUCUGUUUACCAGUAUUCCUUUCUUUCCAAUGUACAAAUUUAUUUGUUUCUCCUACUAUUUAGUUCCCUUUUUGUCUUAAUUAUUGUCAUUUUUUUCUGUAACCCCCUACCCAAUGCUCCUCCGAGCCUGUAGAGUAAAUUGACAAAAUAAAUAAAUAUCCAGUUGGCUACCCUACUUGUAGCUAGGGGUGAUAGAGAGAAAGAAUACAGGAAUUUGGUUAUUCAAGAGCACAAAAGAGGCACAACGUGUCUACAGCGUGUCUACAGCCGGGCGCUUAAGUUUGUUGCCAUCAGAUGUUGCAUAAACACUCUUCUAGCUUUCUGGACUGAUGAGCUGUCAGGCCAUCCUCCCGGCACCUUUGGCAUAGGUAAGAGGCUGAUUUUGGCAAACUUUUCACCAAGUCCUUCAGAAACAGGCUCUACUCGUUCAAAAAAAAAAAAAAAGCUAAGCGUUAUGGACUGCUAAUGCUAAUGGGAAAGGAGGCAACAUACUCUGCGAUAACCAGUUAAUUAUAAUUUCUUGAUGCCAUGUGAGCUAUUUCUGUCGUAAACUUUGCUGUUUUUGACCGAAGGUCUGACUGAACGACAUGAGAAGAGUGCUGUCGCCAACGAAAACGCCGUCAUGUUUGCACACCAAGACAGAGAGAUGUUGCCAGUGCUGAUUUUGCCUAUCCCCGCACGUACCAAGAGCUACGUCGAAGGGUCUGAGAAGCAGCGCAUUCGCGUGCUACUCUACCUGUGCGUCAUCUACGGCGCCAACACUGGCGCAAUCACCACCAUCACGAGCGCUGCUUCUAAUAUCGUCUUCAAGUUCGCCAUUGAGGACUUGUACGCAGGACGGGCUCCGGUCGACUACGCGCUAUGGCUGUUCUUCGCCCUGCCGGCAACGAUUAUCAGUACGGCCAUUAUUUUCGUUACUGUGCUGCCUGUGUUCUUCCGGUGUAACAGGCCAAGCGUUGGCCAAGAAAGCAGCAGCUCUGCGAUGGAAUAUGUUCGUCGCAACUACGCAGCCCUCGGACCAAUGAGAUUCCAUGAGGUGGCCGUCUUACUGCUGUUCACGCUGCUGGUUUUUCUCUGGCUAUUCCGGGACCCCAUGUUUGCCAGAGGCUGGGCGACGUUGUUUGGUUCCAUGAAACCGAAAGACGCCACUGCGGUCAUGAUACCGGUCAUACUGCUCUUCAUGAUUCCCGCCCAACCGUGGGAAGGAGCCAAGAGCCCCGGACUUGUCACAUGGCCUGUUGUGCAGGCAAAGCUGCAGUGGAGCGUCAUCCUGCUCGUCGGCAGCGGUUUUGCCAUCGCCGACGCCAUGAGGGUCUCCGGUCUUUCUUUACUUCUCGGUCAACAGCUCGGCCACUUGUCCCACCUGCCCGCAGGUGUGCUCAUGAUGUGCCUUAGCAUCUUGUGCUCGUUCAUGUCGGAGUUCGUCAGCAACGCCGGCACUGUCACGGUUCUGCUGCCCAUAUUUGCAGUUCUGGCUGAAGACCUGCACGUAAACCCUCUGCUCUUAAUGAUACCGGCGACACUGACCAGCAACUUUGCCUUCCUGCUGCCAGUGGGGACUCCAGCAAAUGCCAUUGUUUACGAGCACGCACGCCUGAAGGUGUCCGACAUGGUCCUUCCUGGUCUCCUAGUAAAGGCUAUCACAAUAUUCACAACUGUGGCCGUGACCUUCGUGCUCGGCGACCCGAUCUUCGGCAUGUUCAGCGAAGCGGACUGGCUGCGACCCGUCGUCGCGGCCAACAUCAGCGGCACCGCUACUUCGCCCGCGCGUUAGCCACUACGUCAGCAGUACGUUCGCACGCGACUGAGAGCGGCUCACCCGUUGCGCAAACGGGUGAGCCGCUGUGGUGGCACAGUGGCUAUGGCGUUCUGCUGCUGAACAAGAGGCGGCCCCAGUGUUGCCUCGGGAAGUUCGACCCUCCGAAUCAAUCAGUCCGACAGCUGUUAGCACGAAAGGACGUGUGUUGCCAGUAGUGUUCGUUGCACCGGCAAGGACGCUAAGUAGAAGUGCAGGGCCAAGGCUGCGUGCGCGAACCUGUGCCAGUGUGCGGCUGUGGUGAGAUUUGCGAUGACACUUGCUCACAGGCCGAGGUGCUAACAGGCUCGCUUAUGGGGUUGAUAAUAAAUGUUCACUUGUGUACUAUACUCUGGGUUUACACUGAAGACAAGAAAAUGUGACGACGGAGAUCAAGAGAAAUUUACGCGAGAAUGAUGAAGCGCUCAUCGUGAUUUUCUCGCCAGUCGUGGUUCUUUCCCACUGUUUUGAGCUCGAACGCUAACCUGCCAGCUCGUGUUCCCAUGUUAACGAAGCCUUGAGGUGCUCAAUGUUCUUAGCCCGCGAAAGUGCUUCACUGGCGUACAGUCUUAAACGAAAGCACACCUUGCCUACCACAUAGGGGAAUAGCUUACUUAAGGCUCGGUCCUUAAAGAUGAAAGCGAGUGGGCGCUUUAGUACUUGCGCGUGUCGCCUCAUCUUUCAACCUUCAUUGUGAGUAGCAUGGCAUGCCUGCACGACUGUAGCUAUUCUAUCGUUCAGUUUUCGGUAACAUUUAAAUUUUUGUCAAGAAAUGUAUAAAAAAUGCAAGUU